CCUUAAAAUGAAAUCGCUUGAUAUCAACAAUGUCAUGGAAGGGAAAGAGGUGAUCAAGAGAAGGUUGUUCUCUAAAAGAGUGCUUCUUCUACUUGAUGAUGUUAAUGAUGCAAGUCAACUUGAUGCACUCAUGCAGAAGCGUGAGUGGUUUGGUAAGGGAAGCAAGAUUAUUAUUACCACUCAAGACCAGGGAAUUCUCAAAGUGCCUACACUUGUUGAUGGGGCUUACGAACUUAAUGGCAUGAAUUUUAAUCAUUCUUUGGAACUUUUUAGCAAGCAUGCCUUCAGAAGAGAUAAUCCCAUAAAACAGUACAACUCUCACUCUAUUAGAGCAGCAAAGAUUUGUGGCGGCCUUCCUUUAGCUCUAGAGGUCAUCGGUUCUCUUUUAUCUGGAAAAAGCAUAGAGGAGUGGGAUGCCAUAUUAAAGGAGCUAGAAAAAUUUCCUCAGGAGGAUGUUGAAAAGAAGUUGAUAAUCAGCAUCGAGGCAUUAAAUGAAAGCCAAAAAAAUAUAUUUUUGGAUGUGGCUUGUUUCUUCAUUGGGUGUGAUAGAAGAAUUGUGAUCCACAUGUGGGAAGGCUGUGACUUUUGUCCUCAUCAAUCUCUUUCAAUUCUCCAGCAAAGAUCUUUGAUAAAGAUUAGAGAUGAUAACCAAUUAUGGAUGCAUGAUUGGUUAAGAGAUAUUGGAAGAAAUUUUAUACGAAGAGAGAGUGACAUGAAACCGGAGAAGCAACAAUGGGUGUGGACUUAUGAGCAAGCAUUGGAUGUUUUGGAGAAAACGCAGAAUGGAGGUGGUUUUCAUGGAAAUGAAAACAUUAGAGCAAUAUGUCUUGAGUUCGAUGAACAAUCUCGAUAUCCCUUCAUCAAAGAAUUCUUAGCUAGCCUUUCAAAUCUAGGGUACCUUCGAGUAGACAAAAAGUCCAUGUCUCAAGUGGAUAGUAAAGACUUCAAUGGAGACUCAAUGUCCAUCCUUACUCAAGCUGAUCCUUUCCAAUAUAACCAUAAUUCAAAUUUUCUUCAAACCACAUCUAGCCGAUGUAUCCUUUCAGAAUUGAGAUGGCUUUCAUGGAAUUACUUUCCUAUGGAUUAUAAGCUGACUUUUUACUUGAGGAAGCUAGUAAUCCUUGAUUUAUUAAAGAGUAACAUCACAGAAGAAUGGGAUGGAUGGAGCCACAUAAAGCAGGCUAGGAAUUUGAAGGUCCUAAAUCUAACUGGAUGCCAAGAAUUGCGUGAAACUCCAGACUUGUCUUUUAAUGUGAAUUUAGUACAGUUGAUUCUCGAAGGAUGUAGGAGUUUGGUUCGAAUCCAUCCAUCCAUUAGUCACCUUAAGAGGUUAGUCAUCUUAAACUUGAAGGAUUGUUAUCAUCUACACAUGCUACCUGAUGAGAUAGGGGAGUUAGAAUCUUUAGAGCAACUUCUUUUGGACUCUACAUCUAUAGAAGAGAUCCCUGAAUGGAGAAAGGCGAAGAAAUUGAAAAUUCUCAGCUUGGUUGAAUGUAAAUCACUAAAAAAGUUCAAUUUCGUUGGUUGCGCAACAUCAUCAGUGGGAGUGGAUAUCAUUUUCACUCAACAACCUAAGUCGAUUGAAAACUGCAAUUCACUAACUAAGUUGGAUCUAACGCGUUCAGCAAUUCAGGAGUUGCCUGAUUCAAUUGGAAACUUGAAGAGUUUAAGAGUAUUAAAGAUGAUCGACAGCUCCAUAAGAAAACUACCUAGUGCCAUUGGAAUGUUGGAGAAGCUCGAAGAGUUAGAGGCAGGGGCAUUUGCAAUUACAACACUGAGAGGAGAGAUUCCUGAUAAUAUUGGGAAGCUACGAUAUUUGAAAAGAUUGUGGAUUAGUAUCUGUGGAAUUUCAGCGGCACCGCAACUUCCGGAAAGUUUGAUAGAUCUAAGUUUUAUUUCGACUUCAAUAAAGACGUUGCCACUCUUGAACCUAUUAAACCUAAGAAAAUUGACUGUGUAUUCUCCAAGAAUAACCACCCUAUCGCCCGAUAUCAGUUUUCUUUCUCAGCUGGAGGAACUCACUCUCCGCUGCAUGAAUUUGCAAUGCCUACCUAGGCUUCCGACAAAUCUGUCAAUUUUAUUGAUGGGGGAGAGUAACAAGUGGAAAACUACAAAUGAUCUCUCGUACUUGAAAUCAUUAUGGAAGUUGUUAGUUCGGGAUUGUCGCAGGCUAACAGAAAUUCAAGGCCUUGAAGGUUUGCAGAAUUUGAGAGAAUUAGAGCUCCAUGGGCUUCCAUCAUUGGCGAAGUUGCCUCAUCUGACUAACUUGAGGGAGCUCGAGGCGAUUCGUCUAGAGGAUUGUCCUCAGCUUUUUAAGUUUCGGUGUAGUCUAGACUCAGUGGAGUGCAUUGUUAAUAACCUCGGUUUGAAGAUGCUGCUUGCUACAUCGCGCUCCAAACCUCUACAUAUUCAAUUUCAACAAAAGGAGUUUGAUCCGAUUACACUUUGCCCACGUUGUAACCCUUCGACUCUAUUUUGCACACGCCAUGGCCUUUUGUAUCCUUGACGUUUUCUUUUCACUAUUUUGCAUCACGUAUGUAUUAAGGCCCUUGAUAAGUGCCGUCUCUCCGACUUUAUAAUGUGAUUUUGGUUACUCAAAAAUAAAUCAGUCAUGCUUCCUAGCAAAA